UAUUGUUUUUUCUUAUUUCUUACAAAAUUAUCAGUUGUGGCUACUACAAGGAUUAGGCAGCUCCUAUCAGACACCGGUGCCUUUGCUGACUGGGCCACCUCUAAUUCCUCCGGUAUCCGUACCGCUGGUCCAGACGACCUCUCACUCGGCUUCAAUGCCGGUCCCACCGCCGCUGAUGCAUCCGCCGGCCAAGCAUCCGGUACAACAUGGCCUAACUCAUCCAGGUCCAUCAACUACAACCUCCCUCCAGAUAUAGGCAUGGUGGGCCUUCGCGAUGUCUUCGUUGUGGCUCCUGCUGCUCCCUUCAACCACCACCACCACCACCACCACCACCAGCAUCAUGAGCAAAUCAAUCUUUCAACAGCAGAUCCAAUCAAUGCUUCCAAUGCUACAGCUCUUGGUGUUGGGGUAGGUGUUGGUGUCAUUCCACUCCUUACAUCAGCGCCUUGUCUUACGCCACAAAACAUGGAUGAUCAAGAUUUGUUGCAUAAUGGUCGAAACAAGAUUAGUGGAAUUCAUCAGUUUUGGCAAAACCAAGGCACUCAAUAUAUCAAGAAAGCUUCUGACACCACCCCUUCGAUUAUUGAUCAUCACAAUAAUUCUUCAACAGCGAAUCUUCUACUACAAAGUGGAAAUGGUGGAGGUAAUGGUAGUGGAAAUCUUGGAGGGAAUUCAUCAUCGUCUGCUACAACUACGUGUGAGGAUUGUGGAAACCAAGCGAAGAAAGAUUGUAGCCAUAGAAGGUGUAGGACGUGUUGUAAAAGCCGUGGUUUUGAUUGUGCUACUCAUGUGAAGAGCACGUGGGUAGCGGCUGCGAGGAGGAGAGAGCGUCAGCUUAUAGCAACUGCUGGUGGUGGUGCUGGUUCCACUGGGUCUACUUCUGGUUCCAAGAAACCUAGGCUUAUAAACUCUCAAGCUACUACUACUUCUCAUACUUCCACUUCUAAUACGACUCCUCCAAGGAGCUAUGACACGAGUUCUAGUCACCAAGAUGCAGGUUUUAAAGAGAGAUUACCGGUGCAAGUAACUGCACCAGCAGUUUUUAGGUGUGUUAGAGUGACAGCAGUGGAAGAUGGUGAAGACCAGUAUGCGUAUCAGGCUGUGGUGAAGAUUGGUGGUCAUGUUUUCAAAGGGUUUCUAUAUGACCAAGGAGUUGAAACAAGAGAUGGGUUCCCUAAUAUAUCUGAAUUGCAUUUGGGUGCUGCUAACGGCGGCGGCGGCGGCGGCGGCGCAGGGAGACAUGGGGCCUCUUCUUCCCCGAUUCUCGAUCCUUCAGAUGUUUAUGGUGCUUCUGCUGGAGGGUUACUAGGAGGUUCGGCCUUUGGAAAUCCAAUAAAUUAAGGUUUAUGAAGGAGUAACAUUCUUGUCUAAUUUUUCUUAGGUCCGCUAAUUAUUAUCAAUAGGGUUUUGGUAAGUUGCCCCUUAAUUUGUACCUUAGUAACAUAUGUUCCAUCUUUGAAAUUUUCAGCUUCUUGGUUUUAGCAUUCUCGCUCCUCAAUUCUACUUGCCUUUUGUAAUUGCACUUUGAGGAUCCUCACAUAGCAAAGAAGCUGCCUUAUCUCACUAGUAGAGAAUUCCUGUAUCAAAUUUUAGAAAAGAUAGUUAAUAAAAUUUCAAAAAUCCUAUUCCACCAGAUGUAUUAGUUCUGAAACUGCGAUGAAAAAAAAAUCUGUUUGUUUUCUUGAA